AUGUUCAUCCCCAAGAUCCCUACCAAGGAUUCGCCUGAUUCGUUUGAAUUUUGGUGGAAAAUGGCCACCAGCGCACUUCUGGUUCUUGCGGGGGGCAUCUUCGCUGGAUUAUCAAUUGGUCUCAUGGGGCUCGACGAACUUCAUCUUCGUGUGUUGGCCACCUCAUCAGAAGAAAAGACGGAGCGGACAGAUGCACAGAUUGUGUUGAACCUCAUGCAAAACGGUCGCCACUGGGUGUUGGUGGUGCUUCUUCUCAGUAAUGUGAUCAUCAAUGAGAGCUUGCCAAUCUUUCUUGACAGCGCGAUUGGAGGAGGCUUACUCGCUAUAGUAAUAUCAACGACUGCUAUCGGUAAGGUUAUACCUCAAGCACUUUGCGUGAGACACGGUCUCGCUAUCGGCGCACGAUGUGCGCCGUUUGUUCUUUUUUUGAUGUAUCUCCUUGCACCCAUCGCAUAUCCAAUUGCAAAAAUUCUCGACCGUGCCUUAGGAGUUCACGAUACGCACACCUACAAGAAAGCUGAACUUAAAUCCUUUCUUCAAUUCCACCGUACUGGCGAAGAACCCUUGCGCGAUGAUGAGAUUGGCAUUCUCAAUGGCGUCCUGGAGCUCAGCAGUAAGAACGUGGAGAUGAUCAUGACUCCUAUAUGUGAUGUUGUCAUGUUGAGCUCGGAUACGAUUCUGGACCACUCCACUAUUGACGCAAUCCUCACUAGCGGCUACUCUCGAUUUCCCGUGCACAAACCAGGAAAUCUGCUCGCAUUUGAGGGCCUCCUUUUGAUCAAGAAGUUGCUGAUGUACGACCCAGCACGAGCACUUCCAGUCUCGCACUUUCCCUUGACCAUCUUGCCUGAGGCUCUGCCAUCAAUCAACUGCUUCCAGGCACUCGACUAUUUUCAGACAGGGCGUGCGCAUUUAUUGUUGAUCAGUCGAACACCUGGUUCACCCGGUGGCGCGAUCGGUGUAAUCACUCUGGAAGGUAAAACCAGUCAUGAAAUCAUUUCAGAGGAGAUCGUCGAUGAAACUGAUCAGUACGAGGACAAUCAGAGUAAGCGGCAUGCUGAGCGAAUGAUUAAUACUACUGUCAUGAGAGAGUAA